UGCUGCCGGCCGCUUCUCCCGCGCUCGAAACAUCGCAACUGAUGCGUCGUAUUAUUUGCAUAGGGAUGUUUGUUCCCAGAUAGUGUGCCCUAAAAACCUGACUCAUAUCACAACGGAUUGCUAUCAGUGCUGUGAGAUACUCAAGUGCUUAGGACAGAGCAACAAUAAAAAAGACAAUAAUUGAAUUAGCAUGAGUUUUGGCUUCAACCAAAACAGAGAGUGUUUAAGAUAAAGUGAGUGAUAUAAAGUUGAGAACAUCUGAAUUUCCGGCUGAGGAGAUAAUAAGCUGUGAAGUAUGUACGUGAUUUGGAUUUCAUCUGUCUCUUUACUACGCAUGUCAUCGUGACCCGUAUGAAGUCGUUAAAAAGAUAAAAUAGAAGAAAACCUCGCAUGGCCGAAGAAGAACGUCCAACUGAAGCGUCAUCGUACGCUUUAUGGACACUACAAAAUGCUUGGUACAAUAGAGCAAGCAAAUAUUUGCCGAAGUUUAACAUAAAUGUCGCAUUAGCAGAUGUAAAUGAAAAUGCUGACAGCAAUAAUAAUAAAGAAAGUGAGGUUACUAGUGAAAGGAAUAGCAAUAAUGAAAAACUUGUUAUAGCAGAUGAAAGCAUAAGCUUUAGUGACUAUCGUGAUGAUGAGGGGAUUAGGAAAAAUGUGUGGAGCGAUGUCGACGACGAACUAUACAUAGCCAAUAUUAUAAAGCUCAGGACUUCAGAUGAAGUGAAUCGCGUUAAACGUGAUACUAGUGAUUCUAGUGUUAGUGUCAGCGAAAAGGUUGUGAAUAGUGUUAAGUUAGAUAAGUACGCGAUGUGGGAGUUGGAGCCCACGGACAUUACGGAGUGUGACUGUCUUGGGCCGCCUCCAGAGUUCUUGCUUCCGCCACCACCGAGGCCGCCGUUCCUGCAAGCUGAUUAUUAUUGUGGUGACGAUCCAAUACCGGAUUUGGAGACUUGCGAUACGGAACCAAAGAUCGACGCAUAUAACCACAGUGGGCCUUCGUUGCAGACAUCAGCAGUGAUCGCCCUCUGCUCCAUCGUUCUCAUCGUGGGCGUUUUGAUAGGUGCUUUACUUGUUUGGAAGCACAAACGAAAAGUGACGCAUCUCCUGCCAUCCAAAUCAUCAGCGAACCAGAGCACAGGGUCGCAGAGGCGAGCACCACCCCCCGCUCCACUGUACGAAGAUCUGCAGGAUAUGCCGCGACGACCACCAUUACCUCAUCGACCUGAAAUUGAACCACAACUUGAGAUGGUCGAGACGAAACGGCCAAACUGCCAAGGACGGGUCUUCGUAUGCGACACAAGUGGCUCCUGGAGAGGAGGUAACCCAUGUGGAGGAGACACUUGCGGUGCUCCUCUAUACGAAGAGUUACCACACAGAUCCGAUGACUCAAUUCACAGCGACGAUCACUUCGCUGAGGACGAGCUAAGUCUUGUUGGCGAAGCGGUGCCAUGUCGAACAUGUUCGAGGCCUCCGGCACCACAAUCAUUGCCCCAUCGGCCAAGACAACAUCGUCUUGAUAGACGACCAAAGUCUCUUGAACGAAGACGAGCUCAACAUAGAAUGCCACGACACAUACAUCCUCCAGAUCCUUCGGAAUUCCACGAAGGAGUACUCUUGGAUGCGUUAUUACGAUUGUAUCCUCAGGUUGGAACAGUUGGCGCCAGGCCUCCUGGACCGAUGCCUAUAGGUGCAGGUGGGGCAUGGCCUGGAGGUGAACUACCAGGAAUUAACUGUUGGAGAGCUCCAAGGGCGUCUCCCAAGCCUCCAAGCGGAGAUUCUUCGUUUGGUUCCGAUUCAGGUUACAGUAAUAAUACAUGUGGGACGUGUGGCACAAGAGCAUCCUCUCGGCAUCGCUUAUCAGCAGAAAUACCCUUAUCAUGAACGGGAGGAUUUCUUGGACUUGGUGAGCACGCCACUGUGGGCCCUUGUUGAGUGAUAAAGUGAUUUUUAAUUGUAAUUCCAAGCAUUUACUAGGUUUACUUCUUAACGGCCUACUUUCGCUGAUAUUCAGUAUGGCCUUUUGCCUUUUUCGGUAAUAGUGUUUGUGAAUUAUUAUGGAGCUUAGGUAUACCUAGUAGUAUAUUUCUACGAGUCUGUACAAAAGAAAUUCUAAUUAGCUGGAGUCUUUCCGAUUAGAAAAAACGUUUUAUGUUUAUUUAGCUUCCUUGGUAAUGAUUUAAUAUUUUGAAUAAUUAAUUGAACAUAGGUGAUUUUGUACAAAUGUCAUGUGACCAUAAAGUAGUCAUUUUGUCCUAGUAAGUUAUAUCGAGCUAGUCCUAAAAUUAUCGCAAUUAUGUAUCAAAUUAUAAUACGCAUUUGUUUCAUUUAAUGUAAAAAGAUAAAUUGUAAAUCAUGAAAUUUACUAAAUUUGUAGAUAUUGUAAAAAUACUGUAGUUAAGUUAGUUAUAGUGACUUGAAUUUUAUCAUCAUAUCACAUUGAAUUGAUCUGCAUUACAUUAUAUUUUAUGAUGAUCAGGACAAAACUUCCUUGUAUAUGCUUAAUUUGUUUGAUAAAAAAUUCAUAAUUUUACUGGUGCUACAAAUUCAAAAUUCCUUAUGUAA